AUGAUUGCCGCAGAGCCCCGCACCCUGCCAGAAGGGGAAUCCCCCGACCUGAUCUUGGUCCCAGCCACCGCCUCCGAGCGGAUUGCAUCAAUCAAGCUGAACAGUUGCGAAUGGAAAGGCCCACUGGACCUGGAAUCCUACAUAGCGCGCGAGAACCAUCUACUCACCCACCGACUGACACGCGACGCUCUAACAUGCUGGGUCCUGGUAGACCGCCGCGAGCCCGAGGAUAGCCGCACGAUCCUGAGCGCGUGUGAAUCCUACCGCAAACCCGCACUGCUAGCUCACCACGGGCAGGUCGAGAAGGUCUCCACGCAUGGCGUGGGAAGUGUCUUUUCUCGACCCGAGUUCCGGGGAAAAGGAUACGCGAGGCGUAUGAUGGAAGAGCUGAGCACUAAAUUGGAGACAUGGGAGAUGGAGGAAGAGAAGAGGGGGAAGUCGGUGUUUACAGUGCUUUUCUCGGACAUUGGGAAGAAAUUCUACGCGCAGUUUGGGUGGCGGCCGUUCCCGUCGUCGCAUAUGUCGUUACGGGCCGAGGCGGGCGUGGAUACAGGUGCCAGGGAGCUAUUUGCCGAGGAUGUACAGAAGGAUCUAUGCAGCGAGAAAGUGAUGGGUAAAUUGCACGAUCAGAUGUUGGCUGCGUCGCAGAAAUCGCCCGUUGCGAAGAUUGCCAUUGUGCCCGACUUUGAUCACUUCUCGUGGCACUGGGCCCGUGAAGAGUUCUAUGCUGAAAAUUUAUUCCCUGAGCGCUCUCCACCGGUCGUCAAGGGCGCUGGUGUUGACAAAGCCGGUGUGUACUGCACCUGGAAUCGAGUAUUUGGCGAGACGCCCGAAGAAAACCUCCUCUACAUUCUUCGGUGGGUAUAUGAGGAGCCAAGCUCACCGAUUGACGAACAAACCACAAUCCAGGCCAUGGCUGCCAUUCUGCGACGAGCCCAACACGAAGCACAUGAAUGGAACAUGAGCAAGGUUGUUUUCUGGAACCCAACUCCCCUGCUGCAGAAAGCGAUGGCAUUGGUAGACCCCACUUCUGAGAUUGUGCACCGCGAGAAUGAUAGCGUUGCUAGCCUGCGGUGGACCGGGGAGGCUGAAGGGCUGGGCGAAGGGGUCGAGUGGUGGUUGAACGAGAAGUACGCCUGGUGUUGA